CUUUGAAAUACAAACACAGAUUUUGUGUUUAUGUCAAAUGUCUUGUAGCAUAUGGUGGUGAUUUUGGGAAAAUGAGUAUGUAGUAGCACCUAGUAAUAUUUUGUCACAUCGUUGUCUGAAUUGCUGCAAGACAUUAAAUGGCAGGAAAUGGAUCUGUCAAAAUUUUGGAUAACAGCACACUUAUUUGGAGCUCUAGAAAGGAUUCUGGGAAUGGGGCUGCAGUGGACGAUAGCGGAAUUGACAGCGAUCCAAAACAGCAAACAGCUCACGAAGACGACAAAAGCUUUCAUGCCAGUGACAGUUCAUGCAGUAGCACCACUGUGGCAACUCCUCAAAAAAGCAGUGCAAAACAGCUCCACAGAAAGCUCGAGCAAAGGAUAGAGCAAGCUAAAAAGAAUCAUAGACUUCAAGAAUAUAAAAAGAAUUCCAGUCUAAUACCAAUACAGAGACUACCAAUUCCGAAUAAACCAGGUGCCUCGACCCAAAGGGAACAACAACCAUUAGUUGAGUGGGAAACAGAUGAAAGUGAUGAAGACAUCAAUUUCUUCCCACUUUCAAGAAUGAAGGAUGGUAAACAAGAACUCACUGACACAUUCAGUAUUGAAGAUUUUGAUGUUUCUCCAGAUGAAGAUGAUCUUAAUUUAUUGCCUCCCAAGCCAAUGUACCAAAGAUGUAUUUGUUGUGUUAUUCCUGCAGACUGGAAAUGUAAUAUUAUAUAAACACAGAAUGAGGUUCCUCUAAGAAAGUCAUUCCAUCGUAGGAUAUGACAACUUACUGUUGCUUUAUUUCUUGAUGUUGUACUGCUUAGUGUUAUGAUCUCAUUUACUAAAAUCUAAUUUAUUCUAUUGUUGAAUUAAAUAAAUGGUUUAGAAAUCCUGUUAGAAAUAGUACAAAGCGCACAAAUAAUUUUUAUUUAUUGUAGUUUAUAAUGUGCGUGUGACAUCAUGUGCACCUGUGAUGCAAUUAACAUACUUAGGAACUUACAGCUUUAAUUUCCACUGAUGGUUGACUGGUUUAAAUGCCAAUCUUUCUUUCAUUCUAUAUUUUACGUUCACAUUAAACGCAACCAAUGACUGGAAUUCCAUGUUCUUCCGUAACAGACACUAUUUAAUUGUGAGCAAAGUGCAGUGAUAUUGAUAGUGCAUUAUGUCAUCUUAAAUUUUAAAUGCAGAGAAAAUACUUGAAGAAGUACUUAACUUUUAUAAGAAUGUGCCAAUUUUUUAAUAUUUUUGUUUGUAAUCACUGAUUACUUUGUCUAGUCAUCUGUUAACACAAACAGAAUUACUUUAAUUUAUAUUUACAUACAAAUACACAGAAUGUAUGUAUGGUGAUAUUGUGUUGUGCUACAUGUUAUGCCAGUUUUACAUUGUUUGUUGCAAAUAUUUUUUAUUGCAAAAAACUAAAAUGACUUUUGUAUCCCAUAUAUAUUAAAAUGCGGACAAUUUAUAAUU